AUGGGACUCACUGACGCUCAUGUGACCUUCACGAACGAGCUGGGCACGCCGCUCGAGGUGCGCAAAACGGCGUCUGUGGCAAUGGAGAAAGACCUACCAGACGUUCAGACCGUCCCGGCCUACCAGACGAGCAAGCUGCAGCACAUCAACACGUCAGACAUAUCUGUCUUGCAGUCGAGCUUCACCCUCGCGUUCAGUGACGAGACUGUGAAGGUCGAUCUCGGCAGGGAAUUGUACGUCACGGACGCCACGUGGUCCGCAACUGACGGCAAGAUCGGAGGCUUGCUGGCGCCCAUCAACUCAAUGAACAACGGCGUGGACUUCCGCCUCUGGUUCUUCGCCUGUGAUGGCAGCUCGGUCGACUACCUCAACCGCUACCUGAUUUCGGCAGCCAAGUUAGUCCCCCAGACGCUCGUGGCUCACCCGAUCACCGUGCCGCUGCCACCCGUCCUGAACAAGAGCUCCGUAACGCUCACGAAGCUCGAGAUACCCGAGAUGAAGUGCGUGUACGCCUCAAUUCUCGCUCUUGCAGCUGUUGCUGUCUCUGUCCCAGGUUCCAGCGCCGGCGUACCUCGCGUCACGGCCGAUGCGCUGGGUAGUAACAAGGUCACCGUCACAGCCAUCCUGAACACGUCUCUCAUGGCCUCCGGGUCCGUGUCCCUGUUUGACGGCAGCUUCACCUCCGUGGGCGAGCUCGCACUCACAGAGGUCUCUAUGCUGGCUCGGGUGGUGGUGGACCUGUCGUCGCCGCCGCACUUGUCGGCGGUGGUCGAGUCCCUCGCGAUCUCGAUCGGAGAAUGGUCCCUGUCUAGCGAUAUUUUCGAGUCGAUCGAGAAGGCCUUUCCCUGGCUGGCUGGCAUCCUGUCUUUGGUGGAAGACAGCUACCAUCUCGCCGCGCUGUUCAACACGGAUCCAGUCAACAGCCAGAUAGUGGAGCUGGUCAACACCAUCCUGAAAGGCCUGCUUGGUUCGGACGGGACGGCGUUCUUCGAAUCCCUGGCGCCGGUGGCGGAUCCGGAAACUGUCAAGUCUGCCAACUCGAUCCCUAAGCCCAUGUCGGCACAGGCGCCAGAGCAUGACUUGCUCUUCCCAAACACAGCUACUGCGACUGACACAAAGAUAAUCAACCAUCCUGAAGUGGUCGGAGCAGAGCGUCCCUCUCUCGAUACCCAAGGCAAAACUGAUGGGGUGUAA